CGGGGCAAGACGUGGUUGCGUCUUGUCGGUCAUCAAUCCAUCCUUUCCUCAAAUAUUAGGUACAGAGGAUCGAUAACCCCGUAAGGUCAGAGAGGCCGUCGGUCACAUCUGUCCGACACGUUUCGACGCUUUGCUGGAAGAAAAAAAAAACGAAGGAGCGAAGGUUUGGAGACGCAGGGGUUCCGGCGUGUCCCUCCUCUGCGCCCUGUACGCACAGGGCAGGGGGAUCUCGCAACACUCUGCGCACCGGGACGCGCAAGAUGCGCACCGGGGAUCUUCGUUGAACUUCACGAACAUCUGGCGGAUCCGAUUAGUGCGAUUUUUCAUUUAGCAUCAGUGGCGAGUCCGUUUGGAUUUAUUCGCCAAGAAGUGGACUUGGUAUUGUGCUGUUUCACCCGGACCCGAAUCUGCGCUGACACAUGGAAUCGGAUCGGUUCCGUUUAAUAUCAGAGAAGACGCUCCGUUAAUAAUAUCCAACUUAGACACUGAGGCUAUAAACUCAGGUCGUCCUCUGCGGGGCUGGGGAGAAAAGCGCCGGUGCGCUGAGGAAUGCGGACCCGGGGUUUAGAUUUUGUUCCUUUCCAGCUCACCUGCGGAACUCUUCGCAGCGCAAACCAAAGUACCCCAGCUGAUUCUUCUUGAUCUGUGCAUCAGAGACAGGACACACAGCCAGCCUGAACAGACGCUGGCUUAGUUGGCUACAUAACCUUCUGCGUUGCCCCCCCCCCCCCCCCCUCCCAUCUCCCAGCCGGCAAGGCAGCCGGUGAACCAUGCUGAGGCAGAUCCUCCUCAACUCCACCGACACGCCAGGAUUCGACCUGGCACUCAUGGCCCAGUCCUCCACGCAUGCCCCCUCCUCCAUGAACACCUCCCACAGCGGUUCGGUGAGCGUCGCCGCUCUUCUGAGGCCCACCACGGGGCGAGGGGGAGGGGGGCUCCGGGAGGGCGAGCUGCACAAACCGGACCUGAUCACCUACAUAGUCAUGUGCCUGCUGCUCUUCCUGUUGGUGCUGCUCAUUGUGUUCUUCAUCAACUGCCAGCUGCGGAACUCUUUCUUCGCCUCCAUGCCAUAUGACAGGUCGUUGAGAGAGGCCCGGAGCUCCUACAAAUAAGACCCCCCCCCCGCCCCCAUGCUCCCCCUCCUCCAGGACAAAUAUCUGCAACCUUUUUAGGGAGACUCCUGUGCAGGGGGUCGAAGGACUGACUGGUCUCCUUGAACUGCUGCUGGUGGAAUCAUGUGGUUUGCCUUUUAUAUUUGUCUUGGACACGUUGGAAGGUCUAAAUAAAACCAGAUUAGUCAGUGCCUCUCUGAGUGAAAUGUUGCACACACUUCAGGCCUGUACACCAUGCGAGCUCUUCGGACCAUGGGGGGCAUGUGGGAAGAUGAAUAGUGUAUUGGCUGGGUCCAGAUGGCAACAUAACAUUAGACUAUAACUCCUGCUCAACUUAGGGACUCUAGCCUAUUUUUGGUGAUUAAUAAAUACAAUGUGAAACAAUCCAUCAUGCCCUGUAAACAACUCAUGAUCCCCGUAUUGCACUUUGGAAAGAAAUGAUGUAUUCCUUUACAGUAUAUUUGAAAACUUGUGUUCAUUCAUCUCCCUGCAAUUGUAGUCUAAAUUUUCUUUCUCAGUGGCCCGUUCAGCUUCUUCUUUUUGUUCACAGAAACGUGGCAUACGGCAACAGAAAGAGUACACAGUGGUGUAAUCAACAUUUUCUAUGACUUUAACCUAACUGUCUUGUCUCGUGAAAUGAAACAAUCAAUGCACAACGCCCUUUUCUCCAUGUAAAAUGCUGAUUAAAUUACAGACUGUUCUAUAAUGUCACAUAAAGAUAUGUAAAUGUACUUUAAGUGGCAGUCUCUUUAUCUGUGCACUUUCUUGUUAAUGGCGACGCUUAAAAUAAUGCUGCAGCUGGUGAUGUGAGGGUCCAGCUGUUAUUCAUCGAACACCUCCGUAGAGUCGUUCUCAUGAGAGCCAUAGGGUGGUUAUCCCUGAAGUGCAUUUUCAAUUUUAAUUAACCUCUCCCCCACGAUUUAUGUCAACACCAGCGAAUGAAGACCUGAGGCUGCAGUUUAUGAUGACACUUGUGCGAUAAACUAAACUGUUUUGCACAAAACCCCUCCAAUCUUGUUGUUUGGAAACUUCUCCCAAGUCAGAAAUGAGGCUAUCUCUGUAAUCCUGGUCGUGGUCGUGUGCACGCAUGCAGUGUGUGUUGUUUGUGGCAUUGAAAAUUGUUUCUUGGAAUCUGAGAAGCAUUGCGAGCCAUAAGACUACAUCAGCAUUGAUUGUUGAAUUCUUAAUCACUGACCAACUACUGUUUUGGAUGACAUUCCGCUCAGAAUUGGGACAAAUAAGUCAGCAUAUUCAGAACAAUAUGUGCCUUGUUGGUUAAAUCAGUUGCCAUGUAUAUUUGGAUCUUCUUUCACCAAAACUACAACCACCUCGUGUAAAUUGCAUGGGUGAAUGUAAAUAAAUUAUUUUAGAGAAUAGAAACAUGACAGUUGCUUCCUUGUGGGACAUUACGUUUGCUGGAUGACUCUGCAUGAGACCGCAACGACUUCCACCACUUGGCGGCGCCCCGAGGUCGCGUUGGACGGUUUGAUGACAAAGUUGCAAACUUCAGUUUACAAAAUAGAAAAAAUGUGAUAUGUGAAGAAUGAAAAUGAAUAUUUUAUUUCAAAAAGUUUAACAACUGAAUCAAAAUUAUAAUUGACCCCAAAAAACGUUUUAUUCACAUCUUUUUUAUUUUUAAUACAUUAUUGUGUUUUUCACUGUUGUAGACCAAAACUCAAACGUCCAGGUUCAAUUGUCCAUGCUCCACACAAUAAUUAUCCCACUUACACAAGUAAGAUCUCGCUUCCAGAUAUGAGAUGGAUGGCCUGUGCAGUAUGAAGGAGUGUGUAGUCUUUAAUGUCUGAAUGGAUGUGUUAUAUCUAAUGUUAUGAGUGACGGACAUAUACUUAAGUGUCCCAGAGUAUGGGUCUUGUAAUGUAUGUAGUAAAGUUUUAACAGAAACAGUAUGAAUGGCGGUGGUGGUCUUUCAUUACAUAAUAACUGAUGCAGCAAUGACUCAGGGAAAAAAGUAUAUUCUUUAAACUCCAGACUGUUGAAGUUAACUGUAAACAACUUGGCCCUUUCAAGAAAAAACUAAUGGUUAAACUUUAGUGUAUAAGGGUGAGAUGUAGAUAUUGUUUUUGUACUUAAACAUCUGUGAUAUAUAUUUAUAACUCCACAUUACAGUAGUUGUUCAAAUUAGUUAUCAACAUUCAGAUAAAUUACUGGCUCCUAGUGGCGGGUUAUUGCUCCUUUGACUUAUGACUUGACCAUCUUUUUCUUUUCUUUUUUC